AUGAAUCCUUCACGAAGCAUAUCAAAUAAUCGCAGUAAAUUCCCAACACAUACAGCAAAUUGGAAAUACGUCGAUGAUGUAAAGGCACCUUUGGCAAGUAACGAAGCAGAUGAGCACAAAGAUGAGCCUGAAGUUAAUGGUGGUCAAGUGCUUGACCAACCAUUAUCAGCAUCGUUAUCAGCACCAUCACCAAAACAAAAGCAAUACGAACUGAAUGGGAAUCAGAAGCAGAAUCAGUUUCAAGUGGAGGAAAAUGGGAAACAAGAAGCACUUCAGAUGGAAGGAAACACCAAAAAGCAAUUUCAAGUCGAGGAAAAAAUAAAUGGAGUAAUGAAGAGUACUGCAAAUUAUGCAAAUAGCACUACCGUAACGACAAACAAACAUCCUGGCUCAUUAGAAAUAUUCGACUGCUUGAAAAUUUUUAAAUUUUUAGGAGUAGUAUACCUGGAAUUUAACGAUGAAGUUAAACGUGCACUUUUACCACCCGCCGUGAAUAGCAUCGAUACGGUACGUGCGUUAUUCAUGCGAUCAUUCCCCCAGCUUACGUCACAAUACCUCAGCUCACCACACGUAAAAAUUUACAUACAGGAAUUCUCGAAAGGACAACUUUUUUACGAACUGGAUGAUUUGAGAGAUAUAAAGGAUCAAGCAGUUUUAAAACUACGAGAACAGUCGGGAGGAUUUCAGCCAUCACAACCGAUCCGAUUCACUGAUCACCCACCCAUUGAUUAUUUAAGUGAAUCAGAAGUCGAUAUGAUAGAUUAUCGAAAUCGAUUAUCAUCACAACGUUAUAGACCUUCCAGUGCUUUAGACGGUCGUUUGCUUUCUACUACUGGUACAAUGAAAUCAGCGAGGGUAGUUGUAUCAAAAUAUUCCGAAUUCAGAUCACCGUUAUCAUCUCGUUUCGAUCCAUAUUACGAUCCUUAUGCCAGUGAUGCAAGCAGCCAAGAACGAUCGGGAUCAAUCACUCCAAUAGUUGACAAGGAGGCACGAUUUCGAAUGGAAACGAUGGAACGUCAGUUAGCAGGAUUAUCUACCUUGGUACAUUCUGCACUAGUAAGUAAAGGUAUGAGCGAAAGCAGUCAACGAGAUAUGCAUGAACUUCGCAAACAAAUCUUAGCGCUUCAUCCUGAUGUAGUAUCAGUAGCGUCAGAAAACAGUGUUCCAAGUAUGGAUGUUUCCUUACCGGAUUCUGUCUUACUGAAUAAUGAAACUCAGCAACAGUUAGUGAAAUUAAAACGAGCUGUUAGCGAAACGCAAAAUCAGCUUAAACAGAUGCGACGAACUGUACAAAUGAAUACACAGGCGUCACGUGAAGUGUUACGUGAUGCAUUUAAUCGGAUUGAGCGAUUUGUCACGGAUCACACUGGUGCUAAGCAAGAACGUUCGCUAAGCAGUGUAACGGAGGCUGUGAAAACUGAACAUAUCACUCAAAUCGCUAAUCUUCAAAAAUCAUUGCAAAUAUUUGAAGAAAAUGCAGAACAAGUUAGACGUUUAGUAUUAAAUACAAACCGAAAAUUACGAAUGAAUGAAGUGGAAUCAUUCACUCAAACGCUUACGAAAAUAGCUCGAAAUGCUGCAAAACUGAAAACACAGUUUCCAGCUGUGAGAAGCGAGUUGGAAAAAGAAAUCAAAGCGAAUAUGGAACGAAUAGUUUGCGAGGAGAAGUUCAUAAAAGAAGAAACAGCGCAAAUUGAUCAGUGCCUGAGAAGAUGCAAAACUUUGGCUAAUAUGAUGGUUACCAUGAAGAAGCUAGCAAUGGUUCAGGACCCAAGUUUGAACAGUUCCAAAUCUGAACGAAACAACCGUAAUUUGUUUACUGUAAGGGAAGAUGAUGCUAGAUGCAACAGUGGAAAAUUUGUAAGGAAUUAUCCUAUCAGUGGGAUUAACGAAGAUAGACGAGUUGAGAGAGCUGAACUUCACAAUGACCCACAACCACCACCUGUACCACCUGCACCUGUCAAUUAUGAAGGCACAUCAAAUAGUUCGAAGACUAGCUCGGAUGCAACUGUAUUAGAUUCGAUAUUAGAUGAACUGACAAAUACCGUGCAAAGAGACAAAAGAUCCAAGUCACGAUCACCAAGCUCAACUCGAUCUGAUUCGGUAAUUCGCAAUGGCCCACCAAAACCACCGGAACGUUACUCAACUUUAGACGUGCGAAGGCGAUUCACACCAUCUGAGAUGCAAGAAAUACAGCGUAGAGCUAUUGAAUGCAUAUCGCCUGAUUCUGGUCCUUUUUCUGAAAUUUCAGGAACUCGGCAAAUAGCAUCCGAACUUGAAGGAAGGCAGGAGAAAUUAAUUGAGAAGCAACGGCAAUUACAUAGCCAAUUUGAGCAGCUACAACAGAUGUGUACACCCUCAAACAUCCUUUAA